AGUAUUGGAGAUGGUUCCUGUAAGUAACAUUGACAUGUUACAAGAACCUGAUGGGAAUUUGAAUAUAGAAGAUAGCUUGCACACUGAGUUAGAAUUGAUAUUGCAAGCGCAGUCCAACCAACAACAAAUUCUUCAGAGAGAAAGGGAUCUUAAUAUUUAUCGAAGUGGCAGUGCACCACCCACUGUUGAGGGUUCACUAACUGCUGUGGGUAGUCUAUUUAGGAAUAAUAUAAGUAGUGGUAGUGGUGCUACUGGUGCUAAUGCUAAUCUUAGUGGGAUUUUGUCUGAAGAUGAGAUUCGCUCACAUCCUGCGUACCUGUCAUAUUAUUAUUCGCAUGAGAACAUAAACCCGAGGCUACCGCCACCAUUGCUUUCAAAGGAGGAUUGGCGUAUUGCGCAAAGGUUUCAGGGUGGUGGGUCAUCUUUUGGGGGUAUAGGGGACUUGAGGAAGAAGGGUUUAGAUGGUGGUGAUAAAUCAUCAUUGUUUUCGAUGCAGCCAGGGUUUUCUGUGCAGCAGGCAGAGAAUGAAUUAAUGGAAUUGAGGAAUGCUGGUAGGAGGAAUGUGUCUAGGAACACUUCGACUGAGUGGCGUGAAAGAGACUCUCAUGGGUUGAUGGGAUUGUCCACAGCUGGACUUGGUGUGAGGAGGAAGAGCUUUGCUGACAUUCUUCAGGAAGGACUUGAACAACCUGCCUCCUUGUCACGCCCAGCAAGUUGUAAUACCUUUCGUGAUGGUUCGGGUGCUGCUGGCAUAUCUAAUGCCCAUCCAGCUGCUUCAUGUAAUGCAGUAGAAUCCUUAGAGGUCUUGCAAUCUGCCGUAGCUCCCCCAGGACUGGUAGGAGUGAAGAGCCUUAAUAGAACUGCUUCUCAUUCUUUUACAUCUGCAGUGGGUUCAUCACUGUCAAGGAGUACAACCCCUGAAGCACAGCUAAUUGGGAGGUCUCCUGGUUCUGGUCUUCUUCCUCCUGUGGGGAGCAGAGUUGGGCCUAUUGAGAAGAAGGGUGCUGUCGGCUCAAAUGUCCAAAAUGAUCGUUCUGCUGGUAUGACUGAGCUUGCUGAAAUUGCGGCUACAUUAUCGGGUUUAAGCUUGUCGAAUAUUAGACAUGCAGAUGAAGAUAGUCAUGCACGGUCUCAGCUUCAACUGGAUCAAGAUAAUCAGUCCGAAUUUCUUUACAAUAUGUCCAAUGGUCAUAACCAGAGUUUGCAGCAACAAGUCAUAGACAAGUCCAAUGCAGAGAAUCUCUCAUUUGCUGCAAACUAUAUUGAUUUUUCUCGGAAAAAUGGAAUUGUACCUAGCCAUAGUGGUUCUAUUAUAAAUUCCAAUGGGCAAGUAAAUGUUCCCAGAAGAACAACUUCACUCAAUGUUUACUCGAAAGUGAAGCCUACAGGGUUUGGAAGUUCAGAAGGAUCCGUUAUUAGACAUCAAAAUGCAAAUAUUUCAAGUGCAGACUUUGCUGGCAAUGCACCUGGUCCAGCUUUUACUGGUAUUGGAGAUAGACAAAGUUUGAGUGGAUUGGUUAACCCUGUGGGGCUGGACCUCCAUUCUCCAUCAGUGGAUCCACGUUAUAUCCGGUACCUCCAAAGAACAUCUGAUUAUGCAACACAUGGUGUGGCCAGCCCAAGUGAUCCUUUAGAUGUUAGAAAUUACUUUGGCACUUCAUAUGGAGACUUCGAUGGGUUGCAGAAAGCACAGCUUGAGGCAUUGCUUGCUGAACAGAAGCAACAACAUGAACUGCAACUUUUUGGCAAGUCUGGUGGUUUGAAUCAUGGGUACUAUGGGGGUCAAUCAUAUAGAGCUGGCAUGCCAUAUUCUGGAAACCCAUUUGCCAAUAUGGUGCUUCCUUCUGUUGGAUCUGGAAAUUUCUUGAAUGAGCAAAACUCAUGCUUUGCUUCAAUGAUGAGAAGUUCAAUGGGAGGGCCAGUGUCAUGGCAUUCAGGUGCUGGCAGUAACCUGGAAGGAAGAUUCACAUCAUCCUUAUUAGAUGAGUUCAAAACCAACAAGACUAGGUCAUUUGAACUUUUAGACAUUGUUGAUCAUGUUGUUGAAUUCAGUACAGAUCAGUAUGGGAGUCGGUUUAUUCAGCAGAAACUAGAAACCGCUACUGUGGAAGAAAAGACCAAGAUAUUCCCCGAGAUCAUUCCUCAUGCUCGUACCUUGAUGACAGAUGUUUUUGGAAAUUAUGUGAUUCAGAAGUUUUUUGAGCAUGGUACAGAAAGUCAAAGAGCACAGCUAGCCAGUCAACUUGCUGGUCAUGUUUUGCGUCUAAGUCUUCAAAUGUAUGGUUGCAGAGUGAUUCAGAAGGCCUUGGAGGUGGUUCAUGUGGAUCAGCAGACUCAGAUGGUGGCGGAGCUUGAUGGUUCAGUUAUGAAGUGUGUCCAUGAUCAGAAUGGUAAUCAUGUUAUUCAGAAGUGUAUAGAGUGUGUUCCUCAAGAUCGAAUUCAAUUUAUCAUCUCAGCUUUCUAUGGACAAGUAAUGGUUCUUUCCACCCAUCCUUAUGGUUGCCGAGUUAUUCAGAGGGUCCUGGAACAUUGUGAUGAUGUGAAAACGCAACAAAUCAUUAUGGAUGAAAUUUUGCUACAUGUAUGCGAUCUGGCACAAGAUCAAUAUGGGAACUAUGUUAUUCAGCAUGUCCUUGAACAUGGUAAACCGCAUGAACGAUCUUCUAUUAUAAGCCAGCUUGCUGGAGAAAUUGUGAAGAUGAGUCAGCAGAAAUUUGCUUCUAAUGUGGUGGAGAAAUGUUUAACAUUUGGGAGCCCUGAGGAACGUCAACUUCUGGUGAAUGAGAUGCUUGGUUCAACUGAUGAAAACGAACCUUUGCAGGCCAUGAUGAAAGAUCCAUUUGGAAACUAUGUUGUGCAAAAGGUUCUUGAAACCUGUGAUGAUCGGAGCCUAGAAUUACUAAUUUCUCGCAUCAAGGUUCAUCUAAAUGUGCUGAAGAAGUACACUUAUGGUAAACAUAUUGUUUCUCGCAUUGAGAAACUUGUUGCAACUGGAGAGCGGCGCAUAGGAAUGUCAAUCUCAGUCUCUUCCUGAGAUCUCCUAACCUGGAAUCUCAGAGUCAGUCUCCUUUGCUGUCAAGAAAGCUUGACUAUGACGGUAAAAAAAGACGAUCCUUCUGUAUAGCUAAC